AUGGAUUCCCUGGAUUCUCUCCGCCAUCUCAUUGCAAACCACCCGCUAAUUGACAAUCAUGCGCAUAAUAUUUUGAGUCGCGAUGUGGCCGCCGACUACGAUUGCUACCCGUUGGAAUCCAUAACAUCCGAGGCCCACGGUCGCGCGUUGGAAAAUGCGCGAUUCACUCUACCCUUACUGCGGGCCACCAACCAACUCACCGAGCUCUACGGGAGUCCCUGUGCGGAAUGGUCAGAUGUCUUGGCCGCCCACACUAGAUGGGUAGAGCAUGAUUAUGAAGGUCUAAUCAAACGAAGUUUGGAAGGCACACAUGUCCUCCUUCUCGAUGAUCUCUUAUCAGACGACGACGUCGAGUCGUACGAGUGGCAUGACUCCUUUACCGUCUCGGCGACAAAACGCAUUGUCCGAAUCGAGGCGAUGGCAUCUUCCUUGCUCGUGGAGCUGAUGGGCAAGCAACGCAAAGAAGGCGAAACCGUGUGGGCUCUAUUCCGGAAGGAAUUCCUUGACAGACUCUCGGACGCAAUGGACGAUCCUGCGGUAGUGGGGUUCAAAUCAGUGAUUUGUUACCGAACCGGUCUGGAUGUUGACCCCCACACGCCAGACGAGGAUCAAUUGAUAGCUUCGCUCCACCGGACUUUGGAUCUUGGAACCAGGAGAUCUGGAUACCGGAUCGAGCAAAAACCGCUGAACGAUUGGCUGGUUCAGCAGACGCUGAAACUGAUUACUUGGAGGAAAAGGGCUGGUAUUGUGAAGCCUCUUCAGUUUCAUACUGGGUUGGGCGACAACGAUAUCAAUCUUGUGCGCGCGAACCCGGCUUAUCUUCAGCCGCUGAUCGUUCAAUACCCUGAUGCGGAUAUUGUGCUGCUUCACUCAGCGUAUCCGUAUACUCGGGACGCCGGAUAUCUGGCUUGUGUAUACCCAAACGUGUAUCUUGAUCUUGGGGAGGUUUUCCCAAUGGUUAGCCGACAGGCCCAGGAAUCCAUUUUACGGGCGAGUCUGGAGAUCACACCGACCAACCGUCUUCUCUGGAGUACAGAUGGUCAUUUUCAUCCGGAGACCUUUUGGCUCGCCAACAAACAAUUUCGACAGGCGCUAGAGAAGGUUUUUGUUGACCUUGUGCAGCAAGGCGACUUCACUGUUUCACAAGCCAAGGCAGCGGCUGCUGACAUCCUAUUCCAUAACUCGAAUCGUCUGUACAAAUUGGGCUUGGAGCCACAGUAUACCUCUGGAUGUAAACGAUCUGUGGUUGCCUGUAGCCAGUUAUGCUCCACAUCUAACCCAUUGGACGCAUUCCUGCAAGCCAACCCGCAGAUCGAGUACGUGUGGAUGCAAUGGGUGGAUUACACAGCAACAGUCCGACUACGCAUGUUCCCACUCCAAGAGUUUAUGGGUAUUGCCCGGAAUGAACGGCGGGUCGGAAUCGCGAUGGCUGCAUUGCACAUGCUCCAAGAUGACAAAAUUCUCCCCGAAGGCUCAACAACGGGGCAGUUCUACUUACAGCCUGACUUUGACAGUCUUUACCUCAAUGGAAGCAUGGUAGCACCGGCUGCACCCAGCGCCACUAUCAUGAAUUUUUGGAAAUCGGAAGAGGGCAAACCUUUGGAAGGCUGCCCAAGGGGUACUUUGCAAGCUGUUGUUGAUAAGUUGCAGAAGUACAAGAUCGACGUCCUGUGUGGAUUUGAAGUGGAGGUGGUAUUCCUCAAGUCCCAGACAGAUCCGGUAACUGGGCAAAAGAAGGCUUACGGCCCUGCGACAAGCAUCCAUUCGUGGUCGCAAAUGACUGUAGAAACAAGACGGAUGGUACCCCUUCUUGAAGAAAUCUCGAGGGUGUUGGCAGGCAUGGGGAUCAAACUCCAGCAAUUCCACGCCGAGUCUGCCCUCGGCCAGUUUGAAUUCAUUCUCCCACCACUCGCACCCCUAGCCGCCGUGGAUUGCCUCAUUGCGACUCGCCAAGUCAUUUACACUAUCGCUGAUCGACAUGGGUUGCGCGCAACCCUCUACCCACGUCCUUCUCCCGAGACAGCUGGAACUGCUGCUCACACACACAUAUCGAUCAACCCCCCGACGCUGGAGGACUCCUUCCUAGCUGGCAUGCUCGCCCACUAUCGAUCCAUCAUCGCAUUUACCCUGUCGCAAGAUGCUAGCUACGAGCGUGUCUGCUCGGGUAUCUGGUCAGGAUCCGAAUGGGUAGCAUGGGGCCUGCAGAACCGCGAGGCUCCAGUACGCAAGAUCAGCCCCGGUCACUGGGAGAUCAAGUCGAUGGAUGGCCUCGCGAACCCUUAUUUCGCCAUGGCUGCCCUCCUAGCUGGAGGCUAUCUGGGCCUGGAGGCAAAGGCACCUCUGACCGUGAAGAAUUGCCCUGUUGAUGCCUCAACACUUUCCGAUUCCCAGCGCUCUGAGCUGGGAAUUACCACACAUAUCCCCAGAUCCUUGAACGAAAGCCUCCUCGCACUCGAAAAUGACCUGUCGUUGCAGGCGUUGCUUGGGCCAGGAUUUGUUCGGAACUAUGCCCUCGUCAAGCGGGCGGAAUCUUCUCGCUUAGCAGCUAUGUCAGAGGAAGAGCGACGCCAGUGGGUUGUGGACAGAUAUUGA